AUGUGUUUCUUGCCCUGUUUAUGGGGAAGAGAGAAAGAGCUAGCGGCUCCCGUCCCCCAUCAGUACAGAGAGAGAGAAGUGGCCAGAGAAUGGGGAAAGUGAGGCACAUGAGGAGGAGUGGAAGACAGGAAGGAAGGAGCCAUCAGCUCUCAUGGAGACCUCCUUUCCCAGCUCUGCGGCCGGUUGCUAAUGAUGUUGUCAGGCGCUGCUCCUGGGUGACCUAGUUUCUGAGAGUAGUGCGGCUCAGCGCUGUGCUGCCUCACUCCCAUCCAGAGGCCGGAGGAGGAGGAGGAGGAGCAGUAGCAGUGGUUAAGCACAGCUGCGAGUUACACAAGCCUCGGACUGAUCUCCCGCACUGUAGGUGACAUUGGAGCUGCGCUAUUAGGCAGGUGCUCUCAUUGCUGUUGUCUCCUCCUCACACCGCUGCCCGCCGCCCCGGAUACUUUUUUGGGGGGACUCCUGGAUCACGAUGUCAUGUUGAGACUGGGAAUUUGUGUCUCCCUACCUCUUGGAUUUAUUCAUCGGACUGAGAGAAGACGCUGGGAUUAGUACAGCGCCGGGGUCCUGGCAUGGCACAGCGCCCCUCUAACUGACCAAGAUACAGUUCAGGUGAAGAAGAUAUCAGUCCAUUGACCACAAAAAGGACCCUGAUGUAAUCCUGUGUUGAAUAAACGAGCUGAUGGAUGAAGAUGAGAAAGAGAGAACAAAGAGGGCAUCACGCAACAAAUCUGAGAAGAAGAGAAGAGAACGGUUUAAUGUCCUCAUCAAAGAACUCUGCACCAUGCUGCAGGGCCAUGGGCAGCCACUUAAGAUGGACAAGUCCAGAAUAUUGCAAAAGACAAUUGAUUUCUUACAGAAGCAGAAAGAAAUCACAGCACAGACUGAAGCCUGUGAGAUUCGACAAGACUGGAAACCUUCUUUUCUUAGCAAUGAGGAAUUUACUCAGUUGAUGUUAGAGGCUUUGGAUGGCUUUCUCAUAGCGCUUAACACUGAUGGGAUUAUAAUUUAUGUGUCAGACAGUGUUUCAUCCCUUCUCGGUCAUUUACCGUCAGAUAUGGUGGACCAAAAUAUAUUAAAUUUUCUGCCGGAGCGGGAACAGUCGGAGGUGCUGAAACUUUUGGCAUCACACAUUCUCAUGACGGAGCCAAUCAUUCCUGAAUAUUUCAACAGUGAAAAACAAGUGGAAUUUUGCUGUCAUUUAGCAAGAGGAAGCCUGGAUCCCAAUGAGCCCCGGAUGUAUGAGUUCGUCAAGUUUGUGGUUGAUUUUAAAUUCUGUAAUAAUGUGCCUACAUCCUCCUAUAAUGGCUUUGAGUCAGCCGUGGCACGAGCAUUCCGGUCAGGCAAUGAGGAGCAGAUAUGCCUGGUGGCCACUGUACGGUUGGUGACACCGCAAUUUCUAAAGGAGCUUUGUAAUGUAGAGGAACCUUGUGAAGAAUUUACAUCACGACACAGCCUGGAGUGGAAAUUCCUCUUCCUGGACCACAGGGCUCCACCUAUAAUUGGCUACUUACCCUUCGAAGUGCUUGGGACAUCAGGCUAUGAUUAUUACCACGCAGAGGACUUGGAGCUCUUAGCAAGGUGCCAUGAACAAUUGAUGCAGUGCGGGAAGGGCAAGUCCUGUUAUUACAGGUUUCUAACCAAGGGCCAACAAUGGAUCUGGCUCCAGACUCACUACUUCAUCACGUACCACCAGUGGAAUUCCAAGCCCGAGUUUAUUGUUUGUACGCACACUGUGGUCAGCUAUGCUGAAGUUCGAGCAGAGAAAAGGAGAGACCUUGGGUUGGAGGAAUCGUCUCUCGAGCAGAAAACUUCAAUGAAGCCCCAAAAUACUUACUUAGGCAUCAGACACACAAACCAAGAAGCCAGCAGGGAAAGGAUGUCUGUCUCAUCCCACAGCUCCCGAAUAUCUUCCCACACCGCACUUUCUGACUCUGCCUCCACAUCCUCCAUGCGUAUUACAGAAGCCAGCACACCGUCCCGGCGCUCUCUGUCUGUGAGCCAACAAGAGAUUCAUCAGAUAAGAAUGGCUCCUAAUUCAAACCAGUCGGUAGGAACGCCUCAAGUCUCGUCAGAAAAUCUAUCUCAGCAUCAUGUUGCUCAUUCUACAGUUUCAAGUCAACAGGCGAUAAUGCCUGUUUACCAUUAUCCCAGUCCGGCCCCGUUUGAAAUAGGAGAACAUAUGAAGGAGCAGCUAAAAGAGAGAACUCGGAUAUUACAGGCUGACAUCGAAACACAGCAGAUGGAACUGGAUGUGAUCAAGGAGCAACUUCGGAGAAUAGACAAUUCUAAUCGGCAGCUGUCGCAACCGAUCCCCAUGGGAUACAGCAGUUUACCACAAUCAGAUCCUAGGGUGUCUCAUCAGCCGGCCGCGGUGCCCCUGCACAGUGUGGACUCGACAAAGAAGUCUCAGGCCAUGAUGCCAGCUAAACGUUUCUGUGUGUCCGGUGUAGCUGUUCAGCACCAGUAUCUGACUUCUGCACAGAAUACACAGCUCCAGCAAACUCAGCAGCAGCAGCCGCAACUACAGCAGCAUUUACAGCAACCGAAUCCUCUGCAGCAACAACAACAGCGGCAGCAGCAACAGUUACAGCAAAAACAGCAGCUGCAGCUACAAAAUCAACAGCUACUACAUAAGCAGCAGCAGCUCCAAAAACAAAACCAAAUUCAGCUCCACCAGCAACAGAGACUAAUAAUAGGCAAUCAGUCACAGCAGAUAGCAACUCUGCCUGUCCAGACUCCUAGUAACAUUGUGAUGCCACUUUACAGCAACACAGUGUUCUCUCAGGCACAUCCCGCUGUUGUCACUUCAAGGGUUCCAGCCGAGACCGGGGAUCGGCAACCAGUAACUGAAUACAAACAAGACAGGCACUUAAGGUUUGGCCAGGAUCAGCAACUUCAGCCUCCCUCAUUACACAUGCAGCCAAUCACAUGCAGUCCUGUUAUUGCCGUGCAACCUCCUCCAGCCUAUACAUCAGUCAUGAUCCCGCAUUCCAGUUUCAGCACUCAGCAAAGCCAUCCGUCUGUCCAUGUGCAACAAUGUCAGCAGCAACAGCAGCAGGUCCAGCCUCUGUAUCUUCAGAUGCAGACACCGGAGACAGUACAAACUGCACAUUCUCAAAGCAUUUUCCAGCAGCCUCACGUGAUGCAGCAAAGCACAAUGGGGUAUUUUUUACAUCCUCAGCCGCUAAACCAAUCUGGGAACAUGGCCGACCUGUCUGAGAUGCAGCUCCCAUGAUGCAUCAGUGAGAAGUGACAAUCAGGGACAGCAGAUGUAUCAGAAAGGGAAAGGCCUCCCAGAAUUCACUGCCUGGAGAAAACUCCGCCGCCCCACAGCUACAGAGGGUGCGAAGACAGAGGAGCAAAUCCACUGGACAGAAACUACAUAUUGAAGGCCAAAAUGUUACUACUGAUUGACACAGGUCAUGGAAUUGAAGCCAACCCCUUCACCCUACGAUAA